AUCAAAGGCGGUCGUCGGUUAAACGCUGCUGUUGAAAUGAACACGAGUGCUUUGCUGUCACUGCCAAUGCAAAUCAGAAGCGAGACUGAAUAAAGUCUAAUUUGAGGAGGGAUUGUGUGCAGCUGCGUCCUUCAUUGAAAGAACUGGUGAAAAGAGAAAGACACCCCUAGCUCUCACCUGAACAUCAUGAAUGGCAGUGCCAGUCUAAGAUCAGUCUCCAGGACCCAGCAUGGCUCUGGUAUCCCAGUCACACAGAGCAUGGUGACAUCACCGAAGCUUGCCCAGAAGAUCCCAAGAGGAGGAGCUACCAAGCAAGUGACGGAGAUCCCAGUCAACACCAAGGCUGCCGUGGUUUCCAAGGAGAAAGCGGAGGGGAUGACCCCCAGAUCUGGUGAAAGGAACCCUCUGCUUUUCCGAAAAACUGGAAUCCCGUCCCCCCGCAGCGCAUCAGAGGCGUCUGAAAGGAGAAACGUAACCAGGUCCGCCUUCAGCAGCCCUCAGACUCGAAGAAAGGAAGCUCCGAGGUCUAAAGACACGUUGGACGUCAAUAGGAAGUCCCUUCCACUCAAUGUAUUCCGGGAUCUGAGGAGGAACGGGAAUUCUCAAGAUGGCAACCCUAGAGUAGGGAGCAAUGCUAAUGUAGAACCUUGGGAGCACUGCAGCAGUGUCAAACAGGCUGGAGAGGCCACAGCAUUCCCGGUCAAGGGAAGGUCUACCUCCAGGUAUUCCAAUGAGAACUUACUCUUGAGGUCUCCAGGAAGGAAGGAGCAAAAUGUGAUGACGCAGGGCACCAGAGCUAGCUGUGGGUGGGGCAGUUUCUCUGAUGAAGAGAUGGGUACCCCUGAAGACUUGCCCUCAAAACCAGUGUCAGCCACACCUUUGUGCCCACCAGGAGGUGCCACUGUCCGGUUGCCCACAGGGACCCAGCUGUCUCGAACCAUAAUGGCCACGGUGGCACCUUUCAGAUUGCAGGUCAAUCCUGAGAAUGAUGUGUCCUCACUGGAGGACUUCAGUGACUGCUCAUCAGAUUCAAUGGAGCUGUGUUGUCAGGACUUGGACCCAGAGUCCCAGAGGAAGCGCACUGUACAGAAUGUUCUGGAUCUGAGGCAGAACCUGGAGGAUACCAUGUCCAGCUUGAGGGGGGCACAGCUGUCUCACAGCUGUCUGGAGAACAGCGUGUGCUACGACAGCGAUGAGGCUAACCCUCUCAGCAUGUCCAGCAUGUCCAAUCGCUCGUCCCCCCUGUCCUGGCGUUACGGCCAGUCGAGCCCGCGGCUGCAGGCAGGAGACGCCCCCUCCUCGGCAGGGGGGUACCACGGGCAGGGUGCCCAGUACGCGGCGCACACCAUGCCCAUGCGCAGCCCCAGCAGGCUGACCCACAUCUCCAGGCUGGACCUCAUCGAGGGCCUGGACCCAGACGACGCGGACCUGAAAUCAGGCUACAUGAGCGACAGUGACCUUCUGGGCAAGUGCAUGCAGGAGGAUGAGGACGACGACCUCACUAACGGCUGGGAUGAGAGCAGCUCCAUCAGCAGUGGUCUCAGCGACGCCUCGGACAAUCUCAGCUCUGAAGAGUUCAACGCCAGCUCCUCGCUCAACUCCUUGCCCACCACGCCCACCGGCUCGCGCCGCAACUCUGCCAUCGUGCUGCGCACGGACGCUGAGAAGCGCUCGCUGGUGGAAAGCGGCCUCUCCUGGUACAGCGAGGAGGGCAAAGGGCACUGCAAGGCCGACAGCGGGGGCUACGACACGGGCAGCCUGAAGGCAGAGACGCCCAGCCGCUGGAGGAAGGUGCGGCCCGAAGCCGGGAGCGAGGAGGCGGCCAAGCCAGAGUUAAAGAAGCCCACCAGCCUCUGCCAGCCCAGCGCCCUCAAGAAGGGCAAGAACCCCCCCAUCGGGGUCACCUCCCCCAUCACACACGCCUCCCAGAGCACCCUCAGAGUGGCCGGUAAGAGUGACCAGAAGGCGGUGGACAAGGUCAAAAUGGCAGUGAAGGGGACGAGCCUGCAGAGGUCGUGCUCGGACGCAGGGAAGGACCGGGGAGAGACCAGGAAGCCCCCCUCUGGAAUCGUCCGGCCCUCUGCAGGAGGCUCGUUCGGCUACAAGAAAACCACGGGCACAGCGACCGUCAUGACGGCCGGGGGAGCGGCCAUCUGCAGCGGCUCAGCCACCGUAGGCAAGGCUCCCAAAACCUCGGGCAUCCCCGUGAAGCCAGCGGGCGGGGGGGGCGGGGGGCGCAAGACCAGCCUGGAAGUGUCCGAGGGGUUCCUGUCUCCCAACGCCCGAAACAACAUUCAGUACCGCAGCCUGCCGCGCCCGUCCAAGUCCAGCUGCAUGAGCGUCACGGGGAGCAGGGCCGGCGCUCGCCCCGUCAGCAGCAGCAUCGACACGGGCCUGCUCAGCACCAAGCCCAGCGCGGGCCUCUCCCGUCUCAAGGAGCCCGGCUCUGCCAAGACCAGCAGCCGUGCCAGUCUGGGCCCGGUCAACCAGACAGACCGCGAGAAGGAGAAGGCCAAGGCCAAGGCAGUGGCUUCGGACUCUGAGUGCGGGCCGCUCAAACCAACACCGGAGCCCGGCUCCAAACUGCAGGGCCUGCGUCCUCCGAGCGGGACCAAGUCCUCUGAGCUCUCCUCACCCACCGCACACAGGGUGCUGAGCUCCAAGUCCCUCGGAAAGCCGCCCAGCCUGGCUCACCUGGACAAGGUGAGCUCCAGCAGCCUGGACUCUGACAUGUGCAUCCCAGACCACCCCCCCCCUGGGGCUCCCCCCCUCAGCAAGCUCCAGGACCUGCCAGCCUCCCCCAGCCCCUGUCUGACCCCCAGCCCUGCUCCCAUCCUCAACGUCAACUCCAACAGCUGCUUCAGCGCGCAGGGCCUGGGCCUGGGGCUGGGCUCCUCCCCUCUGCUCUACCCCAAGCUGUCCGGACUGCACCGCAGCAUGGAGUCCUUGCCCCUCCACAUGAGCGUGCCAGCGGCCCCCAGCUACCCCGGGGCUGAGCCCAGAGAGAGGGAGGAGGAGCGGGGCACGCUGGGCUGGAGCCCCGGGGUUCGCUCCUCGCUCAUUGAAAGUUCUCAAAGGGACAGGAACACUCUGCCCAAGAAGGGACUGAGUCGCUAUAGCUCCUACCAGUCUGAAGAGGACGCUAAAGAGCGUCGGCACUCCCACACCAUCGGAGGCCUGUCCGAGACGGAGUGCCCACCCCAGCUGCCAUCUCCCUCCUCCGUGUCCCUGAGCUCCACGGGCAAGGGGCCCUUCACCAGCCUCGUGAGCUCCAGCACCCCCCGCAUCACUCGCUCCAACAGCAUCCCUGCCCACGACGCAGCCUUUGAGCUGUACGGAGGGGCCUCUCAGGUGGGCAGCACCCUCUCCCUGGCAGAGCGACCCAAAGGCAUGACCCGCUCCGGCUCCUUCCGGGACCCCGUGGACGACGUCCACGGCUCUGUGCUAUCCCUGGCAUCCAGUGCUUCAUCCAACUACUCCUCGGCUGAGGAGAGGAUGCAAGGAGAGCAAAUCCGUAAACUGCGCAGAGAGCUGGAGUCUUCCCAGGAGAAGGUGGCCUCCCUGACCAAUCAGCUGUCGGCAAACGCAAACUUGGUGGCAGCGUUUGAGCAGAGUCUGGUCAACAUGACGUCCCGGCUGCAGAGUCUGUCUGUCUGCUCCGAGCAGAAGGACUCUGAGUUAUCUGAAUUGCGGGAGACCAUUGAGGUGAUGAAGACCAAGAACGUGGAGGCCCAGGCAGUGAUCCAUGUGGCUCUGAACAACCCUGACAUCACACCCAAAGAGCUGCGGAUAAAGCGUCAGAACUCCUCGGACAGCAUCUCCAGCCUCAACAGCAUCACCAGCCACUCCAGCAUCGGCAGCUGCAAGGACAACGAUGCCAAGAAGAAGAAGAAAAAGAGCUGGCUGAGAAGCUCCUUCAACAAGGCGUUCAGCCUCAAGAAGGGUCCCAAGUCCGCCUCUUCGUAUUCGGACAUUGAGGAGAUCGCUACCCCUGACUCGUCCGCACCCUCCUCCCCGAAGCUCUCCCACGAUGGGGGAGACAACCCCCCGCUGUCCCUGAAGUCCUCCACCUCCACCUCCUCCUCUGUGAUCUUUGAAGGAAACGAGGAGCCCGAGUUGGAGGACAAGGGGGUAUCGGAGCUGCGCUCGGAAUUGUGGCAGAAGGAGAUGAAGCUGACGGACAUUCGACUGGAGGCACUGAACUCCGCCCACCAGCUGGAGCAGCUGAGAGAGGCGAUGAACAGCAUGCAGAUGACUGUAGAGAGUCUCAAGGCUGAGAACGACCAGCUGAAGACAGGAACAGGACCGAACACAAGCCCCGCCCCCAGCCCCGCCCCUCCCUCCUCAAUGUCCCAACCACAGGGCUUGAGCUCCCUGCUGAGUGCGUCGCCACGGCAAUCCAUGGCCCUGUCCCUCACGCAGUCCUUCACCCUGAGCCUCAACGAGUGCACGGACACAGAUUUGUCUCCCAUGGAUGUGAUGAGCAUUUCCUCUCAUAAAGAAGAUAACAGUCGUCUUCGUAUCCUUGUCCGUGUUUCUGACCAGGACGUUUUCAAUGACGAUCUCAAACAGCAGGAUUUCUUCAUCGGUUCGGUCAAGGUCAAUGCUAAAACAGAGUGGGACACGCUGGAUGCUGCUGUCUGCCAGACCUUCAAGGACUACAUUGCAAAGGUAGACCCUGCCUCCAGCCUGGGCCUGUCCCCGGACUCCAUCUACUGCUACAGCAUCAGCCAGGGCAGGAGGGUGCUGGGGGCAGAGUCCCCCGAGCUUGUGCCGUCCCGGUACAUGGGCAGAGGCACCAGCUGCAUCGCCGUCACGCUGAAAGGUCUGAAGGAGAAGUGCGUGGACAGCCUAGUGUUCGAGACCCUCAUUCCCAAGCCCAUGAUGCAACACUACAUCAGUCUGCUCCUGAAGCACCGCCGGCUCAUCCUGUCCGGCCCCAGCGGCACGGGCAAGACCUACCUCACCUGCAGGCUGGCAGAGUACCUGGUGGAGCGCUCCGGGCGUGCGGGCACAGAGGACAUCGCCAUCACCUACAACAUGCACGAGCGGUCGUGCAAGGACCUGCAGCUGUUCCUCUCUAAUCUAGCCAAUCAGAUUGAUCGAGAGACCAGCUCUGGGGAGGUCCCAUUGGUUAUCAUCCUUGAUGACCUCAGCGAUUCGGGGUCCAUCAGCGAGCUGGUUAACGGAGCGCUGACCUGCAAAUAUCACAAAUGCCCCUACAUCAUUGGAACAACUAACCAGCCGGUGAAAAUGACACCCAACCACGGCCUGCACCUCAGCUUCAGGAUGGUGACCUUUUCCAACAACGUGGAGCCUGCCAACGGGUUCCUGGUGCGCUACCUGCACCGCAAGCUGAUGGAAACGGAGAGCGACUGCAGUGCCAACGACGAGGACCUGCUGCGGGUGCUGGACUGGGUGCCCAAGCUGUGGUACCAUCUGCACACCUUCCUGGAGAAGCACAGCACCUCCGACUUCCUGAUCGGCCCUUGCUUCUUCUUGUCAUGCCCGGUGACAGUGGAAGAAUUCCGCUGCUGGUUCAUUGAGCUCUGGAAUCACUCCAUCAUCCCCUACCUGCAGGAGGGGGCAAAGGAUGGCAUCAAGGUGCACGGUCAGAAGGCGGUGUGGGAGGACCCUGUGGAGUGGGUAAGGGGGACCCUGCCCUGGCCCUCUGCUCAGCAGGACCAGGCCAAACUGUUCCACCUGCCACCGCCGAGCGUGGGGCCGACUGGGGCGGGGCAGCCCAGUGAGGAACGGGCCACGAAGGAGACCACGCCCAGCUCCCUGGACUCCGACCCCCUGAUGGCCAUGCUGUUGAAGCUACAGGAAGCAGCCAAUUACAUUGAAUCUCCAGACAGGGAAUCAGUCCUGGACCCCAGCCUCCAAUCAACACAUUGAAAAACCACAAGGAUGCGAAAGACUUGCAGCUCCGAUGGCUCGUGCUGUUAACAGUUUUUUUCCCGCGGUUUGACGUCAGCAGUGGGCCUGCUGGCUACAGAAAUGUCUCUGUCUGUGUUUUAGUAACACAGAUGGUAGGUACAGAGUCUGCGCUGUAACUCCCAGAACCACAAUAUGAUGGUUUAAAAUAAUCCACCUGGAAAUUAAUGGAAAAAAAGAACUGAAAUUUACCUGUGUGUAUCUUUUUCAUUUUUUUUUUUUUGUUAUUUAAUCUACGCAUGGCAAUCGUUUCAACUGGAUUAAAGACAAAAUGUUUAUAUAAAUCUGAAUCUGAAAAAAAAAAAAAAAACACCUUCAACAAACAGUGGGGAGCUACUACUGUUCCACCGCUGCCCUUUCAAACAAACAGGUGCUCAUUGGAGGAUAUACAGUAUUCUCACACCUCAUUGGUCCUCACAGCUUGUGGGCGGAAAUUAAAAGCACAGCCAUGAAAUCCACUGAAAAAAAAAGCACAUAUUUUUAAAGCAUUAAAUAGCAUAGGAGAAGCUCAGAACAGUCUCAACAGUUCUACAACUGGUACGGUAGCUUUCUUUUGGGUCCUAGAUUUUGCCUGUUCUGUUUUAAGGUCUAGGAUGACUGUGCUUUUCAAUUACUAGAACCCAGAACCAUGGUCCGUUCGUAGCUUGUAUUUAAUAUUUAAGGGCAGAACCAUCUCAAUAGCGCUGGGGCCCAGUGGGCAGAUCACAAUGAAUUUGUAAUUGUUCUGCUGCAUAGCCAUUGCCUUGUGCGGCCGUAUCAGUAGCUGUUCAUAUAUUUGAAGGGCCGGUUGAAUCUACGCAAGCUGAUGAACUCCCCUGGUUCAGGGUUCACAAAGACAAGCUGUGAAGACUCAAACACAUAUGCAAUUUUCAAUUACAACGCAGGUUUUUGAAAAUCAAGAAUGGCUGGUGCUUCUAUAACGCCUUAAUAAAUCAUUGUGUAGUUUUAGUUCUAAGAAUGAACAACAAAGACGAAUCCAUGAAGGUUGCUUCAUGUAGUAUCUACAGAAACGCAUGCAGUUCUGCAUAUGAAAGAGUGGAGAAGACGGUUUAGCAAAAGGGAGUCCACGCACUGUUCUAGAUCCUACUGGGUUCUAGAUUCUAUUGAGCCAUUGUGUUGGAACCUUUAGUUUCAGGGUCGCCUUUCAUUGUUUGACUUCAGAAACUACACAAGCUGGUAGGGCUUAUGAAAAGCGAAUAAACGUCCUCCCUCUCCUCAGUUGAAGUGUUGGCUCUCGCUCGCUUGAUUGCUUUGCGCGAGGCUUGUGUCAGUUUGUUCGUCCUCUAUAAGCAGAUAUAACACCGUCGUGGUAAAUGGACACCACUGAUGAUGCGUUUCCAGCUGCUACUGGGACCACAGUCCGUUUACUUUGUGUGUGUCUGUGAAUUGCACUGCGAGAGAAACGCUCCAGGCAGGUGAAGGAAGUCAUUCAGCAUGCAUUGUACGAGGUGGUGGGACGUCUGGUCAGUGUUUGAGCUUUAUGUAGCACCCCUGCUAAAGACUUGAUUGUAGACUUCAGAUGGGAACGGAGGAGUGCAGCGCCGGUUUGAUAUCUGUCUUAAUUUUCUAUGCUGAUUGUAAUAUCAUGGCUAACUGAGGACCAGAUAUCAAUAAACCAUAUAUCCUUGCAUGUUAACAUAUAUUUAACAUAUGAACGUACACAUCGUAUCACAUUCAUACACCUGGUUCAUAUGGGAGAGGCUUUUUAGGGGCUACCGAAGAACAGCCUGUGGCUUGUAAGACUAGAACACAUUUGUGAAUUAGUCCUUUGUUUGUAUCAAUACUGGGCAGUCUUUUGUGUGUCUGCCUUGGUUCACAAGAAGGAAUUGCAGUACUGUAUUGAUGCAACAGGUGGCAGUGGACUCCCUCUAAUAUCUCUCUCUCUCUGUUUAUCCAGAAGUGAUUCUAUAUACAGAGUACUGCUUUUAAAGAAUUGGAUCCACUUGAUUGCUGGUAACAGUCACAAGCGAUUCUGCAACUUGAACAAACAUUGUUAUCUCAACUUCCCUUUGUUUCCUACUGUAAUAUUAGUAUGUUCUUAAAUCAUUGUAGCUGAUGUUGUUCUUUUUCAAGGGAUCAGUGGAUAGGUUUGGAGUCAUUUGACAAGUCCAGGCACCGCACAGGACAGCACAGCUGAUUCAAGUGGAUCAAUCUUUUUAAAAUCCUUUCUGCAAAUUCCAUACAUAUUGCAUCGAUGGCAACCACUUUAGAGCGAAGGUGUCUGUUCUGUGUGUACUUAACCAAAUACUUGAAUUGUAUUCUAGCGCAGUGGCUGUAAUGUUAGCAGGUUGAGUAAUUCAGCUUUACAGGAAUGUACGUUUAGUAAGAGUGCAGUGCUCUUUUAUAUUCCGCCAUUCAUAGACUAGGCAGCCAUGCAACAUCGCCAUGAUACUGGUGCUAUUCAAACCUUAGAAUCGUCCUUGCACUCCAUUCUGAAAAGGUGUGACCUCAUAUAUUUAUUAAAGCUGCAUAGGCAGGACUGCCGACCCCUUACCCAGUAAUAGUCUAUAGAACGGAUAAUGAAAAACAACUUGCUUACUAAUAAUAAUAAUAAUAAUAAUAAAUAAUAAUAAUAAUGAGGUGUAUUUAUGGCAUCUGCCGUCCUUUUCAGCAUACGAGAUAGUAGUAAAACUCGGCUUUGAAGUCGUCCUGUUGUUGCUCAGUAAUAGUGUAUUAUAGCACGACACCGAAGGAUGCGUAUUAAAGUAUGAAGGGCAGGGUUGAAAAAUAAAACCCUGUCCAUGAUGCUUCCAUGUAGAAAACCCUGUCCUUCACUUUCCAUUUAGAAAACCCCGCCCUUCACACGUUCCAUUUAGAAAACCCCGCCCUUCACACGUUCCAUUGAGAAAACCCCGCCCUUCACACGUUCCAUUUGGAAAACCCCGCCCUUCACACGUUCCAUUUGGAAAACCCCGCCCUUCACACGUUCCAUUUGGAAAACCCCGCCCUUCACACGUUCCAUUUGGAAAACCCCGCCCUUCACACGUUCCAUUUGGAAAACCCCGCCCUUCACACUUUCCAUUUAGAAAACCCCGCCCUUCACACUUUCCAUUGAGAAAACCCCGCCCUUCACACGUUCCAUUUAGAAAACCCCGCCCUUCACACGUUCCAUUUGGAAAACCCCGCCCUUCACACGUUCCAUUUGGAAAACCCCGUCCUUCACACUUUCCAUUUAGAAAACCCCGCCCUUCACACUUUCCAUUGAGAAAACCUCGCCCUUCACACGUUCCAUUUGGAAAACCCCGCCCUUCACACGUUCCAUUUGGAAAACCCCGCCCUUCACACGUUCCAUUUAGAAAACCCCGCCCUUCACACGUUCCAUUUGGAAAACCCCGCCCUUCACACGUUCCAUUUGGAAAACCCUGCCCUUCACACGUUUGCAUGUGGAAAACCCCGCCCUUCACACACUUUAAUGUGUCCUUCAGUUUAGUAGCACCCCUCAAAUGCACUUAUUGGUGGAAAAAAAGACUUAAAGACCUUAGCAGUUGUGGACUUGCCAGUUCCCAUCAGUGGACUUUUGAAAUCCCAGGAAGAAAUUGUCUGUAAAUUUAAAACUGCAUGUGAACCGUUUGUACAGCUGAUAUGGGGUGGGGUGGGGUGGGGUGGGGUGGGGGGGAAUAUGUAACAAUAGGAGAAACCUGUCCUGGUAUUUUAAAUACAUUCUUGAGAAAGCUUGACACUGCGAUUCAUUGCGAGAGACAGGUUACAGAUUCGGCUCUGGAAACGUUGCAGUGUUAACUUUCCUCUCUGUGUCUUUGUAGACCACUGAAGGGGUAGAGUAACUUCUGAUGUGAUGUAUAAAAAUAGUGUUUUCUAGAAUCGCUAUACAGGAGCUAGGCAAAGCAACUUGAGGUGCAACAAAUCUAUAUUCAUACACCUGUAUACCUUAUCAAGCCUUGAAAAGGUGUAUUUAAAAUGGUCUGGCUGAUCAAAAGAAAAUCUUCUUCAUCUUCAUUACAGCAGCAGCUGGUCAGUGUCCAUAAUAAUCUCACAUGCUGUCUUCAUUCUACUGUGUCAUUUUAAUUCUUAAGAUUUUCUGUUUUUUAAGCAAGGUAGAUUUUACUGGUGGCCCCCUAAUGUGUAGAAUUCAGGGGUUUUGCACAGUUACUGGUUUGGUAAUUUUCAAAGUAAUGCUUUUUACGAAGUAGAAUUUUUUUAUUCCUUGGGGGGGGGGGGGGGGCUUUUUUGGUGCUUUUUUUUUCCUAGGAUAAUAAUAAAUGGUAGUUUGUUGUAUAAGUAGAGACGGUCGAGGUGGGUUCCUGGGAGCGGGGUGGGUUCCUGGGAGCAUUCUGGGGUGGCUGGAGCGCAACUUCUUUGUUUUAUUAAUUAUUUAUUUAUUUCUAAAUUAUUUCACAGAGGAAGCUUUCGUACAGCUUCUAAAGCGUGCCCGGAGCCUGGAUUAAAUCAACAUUUAUGGCACUGCCAUGUAGUUAUGGCUGCACCGUGGUUGGUGUAAUAAUACAAAUGCAGAACUCCUGAUAUCUGAGAAGAGAACCAAAAAUAUAAGGACCUCCCUGGCAGCAGGGCAGUGUCCUUCAACUCGUCCGAAUCCUUCAGUGAAAUCAAUGGAUGAUUUUUUCUUGUUUUCUGUAGCUUUUCUAAGAAAUAGCAAAACUGAUUCCCCCCUGGCUGUGUAACCAGCUGCGUUUCUCAAAGUAUAUUCAAUUUUAUAGCUGCCUUAUACCUGGGAUCUGCUUCCUUGCACAGUCACUAAGAUGAUCUGAACUGGAUAUUAAAUCCAAUACAAAUGGCUUAUGUAAGUGCAGAAAGUUUCAACUACUGCUUCCUGGUAAUGCAUCACUUCCUGUGCUGCAGGUCAUGUACCUGGAAGUGGUGCAGAAUAAUAAUUGGAUUGAGACUAGGGAGAAAGGAACCUGCAUUAAUAUCCUGUAAGAACCCCCCUGUAUCAUUAAAGCUGCCUGGAAUGCCACCCUGAGCAUGCGAGCCAGCGAACCCGUGCCGGGCUGUCUGAGGUCUUAACCCUGGCUCUGUGUUAAUCUCUUCUGAAUGUUGUACCUAUUCCUCCCUGUGAGUUUCAUGUGCUGUGCUGAAGCGGUUAUCCUGUGUAAGGGGACUAUGCAGCAACCUUUACUGGCUUGAGUAGCAUUCACUCUGGGUGCUUAUCUGUGAAUGCAGCCAUUGAGAUCUUCCAAUACAGUUCAAGGGAGGUGAAGUGACUCCCUCCCUGAUCCGGGGUCAUGCAUUGCAAGGGGGCUGUCUUGGAACCAAAACAUGUGAAUGUGUGUGUGUGUGUGACAGUCAGAGAUGUGCCUGUGCUGGUACAACGUGAAUGAACUAAUCGGAGGCUCCUAAUGGGUUUGGAAUGACUGUAGGGGUAAUUGCUGAUCAUUGGUAGAAGCAGGGCAGUGAAAAGGCAGUGCGAUUGAUGCUGUGUUCAGUGUGCACAAACACACUGAAGUCUGCAGCGCUGGCUGGUUAACACUUCUCUCUUACCUCUUGAUUUUUUUACUAAUAUACAGUCAGUAAACUACCUUAUUUACUGUCCUGUUUUGUGUUGGUAAUGUGUGUGUGUUUCAGUACAGCUCUUUCAGGAACUUUGAACCAAACAGGGUUCAGAGCUUGAAGAGAGCGAAUUGGACAUUUUAAAAAUAGAAAUAAAAGUUGAACUUUUACAAUGAUGUGGGUGUGAGUGAAAAUGCAUUUGAAGCCUUGGAGAGAACACCCGUGCACCAUUCUGCAUUAUCUCCUUAAUGAGGCCAGUACGGGCUGCUGGAGAGUCACACAGGAAAUGUCUUAACAUUGCAAAGCUAGUUCGUAAUUUUUUUUUUAAAAAGUGUAAUGAUGGUAUGUGAUAUAAAUGACGUGCUGCUUUGAUGGACUAUAUGUUGUGAACGCAUGUCACCUUGGCGUGUUUGCUAAUCCCUUCGUAGGCCCUGGUUGUCAUUCUUUUCCAUGAUUUAUUUGUUUUUUUUAAACCGGAAGUUUGCUUUUCCUAAGCGACCCUUUAUAAAACUUGCUUUCGAUUUUGUACAGCGCAUUCUAAUUGUAAAGAGUGUAAAUAGUAACCGCAUCGGCGACAACAAUCAUUAAAGAUAACAAAUAAUAAUUUAAAAAAGCUGUCUGUAGAGUUUCAAAGACUAACCUCUUUUUAAUAAGUUAGUGCUGAGGGGCUCUGAGCAUUAAGGCAUGUUUCUGAAAACACAACAAACCCCAUCUGUCUGCCAUUGUUUCAUUGUUUCAAUAAAGUCAUGCCAUAUAUUGUA